AUUUGGUGGACAAUGACGAAAGGCUUGGCAAUUUUCACGCUGCUCAUGUUGUGUAAUUCCAUGUCGGCCGCACGCAAACCAAAGCACACUUUUCGAAGCGGUUCAGGAUCGGCGAGGCGACCCAACAUAGUUUUUAUUAUGACAGAUGAUUUGGACACUGCGCUUGGAUCGCCGGAGGUAAUGAAGAAGACUAGCAAAAUUCUUCGCCAAGAAGGAGCCGACUUUGUGAACGCGUUCGUCACAACACCUAUGUGCUGCCCUUCCCGCGCCAGCAUUUUGACUGGUUCCUACGCACAUAAUCACAACACGUACACUAAUAACUUGAAUUGUUCAUCUCCCUCCUGGAGAAGAGGCCCAGAGAAGAAAACUUACGCCAAGUACUUAGAGUCUUCGGGAUACGUAACGGGUAAGUUAAUACAUUGAUCCACUCUUCUAGAACUAUAAUUAUACUUUAUCAACACAUUGUCUGGUGUCAUAGAACUUCACUCAGGGGAAUACUUCACAUUGAAAUUCUGAAAUCGAAACCAAUAAUUUUUAUGGUUUCUUUAGUACAGCUCCUCUGACACAAUUGACUACAUUGAGCCUUCGCUGCUCACGCUGGUUAUCACAAAUCUGCCAUCUUACAAUUAGCCACAAUAGAAUUGUAAUGAAUAUCACAUCUCGUUGAAAUUCUUUUGGUCGUCCGAUUUUCAAACGAUGCUUUGUUGCUUGACUAACUCUCAUUGUCUUUUUAAGUGAAUUACGUCAGCACUGCCGGCAUUUUCUAAAGUAUUUCAUGAAGCAGCUACAGCAAAGAGCUGAUCCCUAGAAAGUCCGGUCAGGCUGCAGCUCAUAUGUAAACCUCUUUAUCAAAACUAUUACCCAGCGCAUGUUUGGCGGUUUAGCUGUGUUUUGGUCACAGCAAUUCAUGGGUCAAUGUUGUAUUUUCAUUGGAGAUUAUUUAAUCAGUUAAUUCACUUCGCAAGUAGCGAUAAGAAAAGAACGAAAACUUCUCUCUUCAAAGAAACAUUUCUUCUUAUUUCGACCAAGUAUGCUUUAAACCAAGAAGCUGUAUUUGUUUUGAUUUCAUCGGAGAAAUGAAAUCAGAGAAAAUCGUUCAAAAUCCAUCCUCUGGCUAAACCUCCGCAAUAAGUCAAUCUCAAGGUCGUUUAAAGAUUUAAGUAGCUCUGACCCAAUGCAAAGGAAAUGCUCCUACCAACAGGUUAAAAACUCCCUUGAUCUGAAAACUCAGUGUACUCAGUUGCUUUUGCUGUCUCUUAAUGUUUUGGAAUCUUUCCACACCAUAAGUGCACGAUCUUUAAACUGACUGAAAAGUCAGUCAUUAAAGGUUCAGCGACUUGCAUUCUGCUCUUCACUUUUGUUUUACCAGACAAGUUAUUCAAGGAAUGUCGCCUUUGGUUGAAGGUUGUCUUAUCUGACCAAAUCUGCAAAAAAAACUGUUUUACAGGACUGAUAGCGGUCUGUUUUACCUGUCUACUGAAACGAUUACUCGAAGUGUAUCAUUGAAAUUGCUUGUAAUUGCAUUUAGCUAAAUGCGCACUAGAGGAUUUUGAUGAAGUGAGACGUCCUACAAAGGAAUCAUUUGCAUAUUAUUCAUUUAUCAUUUUAAGAUUGUAGUUGUGCAAUACUUUCGUUGAGGCCCCCUGAUGGUGGUCGACUUUUAGUGGAAAUCAAAUAACAGCGGCUCACCGAAUUAUUAAACAAUGUAAAAGCAUUUGCCGUGAUGUUUUCCGGGAUGUACGUUGCUUCCUUAGGAUUAAUCACCAAAGGCAAAUAAAGGAUUCAGUCCCUUUCCGAUAUCAUGAAAUCGUGCCAAAGUAAAUGGUCUUCUCUUAAGCGAGCUAAAUCUAGAAAAGGUGGAAGAGUGUCAACGGAGUUAUAACGAAACAUCACGAAUUUCCUCUCUUUAAAUUGGUAGCCUGUUUGCGAUGAAGAUAUCACUCUAAGUUUGCCGUAACCUUUGCUCCUGAUUCCGACUACACAGACAUUCUAUGAACAGACUCGGCAGAAAAAGAUGAACAUUUAGCACUUCUAUCUGAAAAAUUCCGACAUUGCCAUGAAUUGUUUCUAUAAUCUGGAACACUAUUCUUUUCCUGUCAAGGUUAUUUACACUCAUGUGUAAUAAAGUAAGCUUUGCAGAAAAGUUUUCCGUAUGAUGAAGCAAACAGAACGAGACAAAUUUAUGUACAGAGACAAGGUCAUAUUUUUUGCUGCUGUGGCAGUCUUUCACCACUUCGGUUAGAAGCAUAAUACUUGCAAAGGGAAACGACGAAAACGCACAGUAAUUAGUACCAUUUUUAGGGAAUAAUGAAGACUUCCUUUUAGCAAAGUUUCUCUAACAUUGUUUACCUUACUGCGUAGUUUUGUUUUAUUUUAUUUUAUAAUUACAAACGCCUUGCACUUUUCCUCAAAUGAACUUUAACAAGCUGAAAGGAGUUUUCACUCAGACAAGCUGAGCUCGUUUGGUUUGAAACGUUCUUGCCGACGAGUCCAUAAUUGACUGUGUGAGGUUCAUUGGAAAGCAUUUUUGUAUUGAUCCAUGUUCAAACUGAUCACCAACUCAAACAGGAAGGCGUAUCAGCCAGCUAUUUGGAUGACGUGCCUUAACCCAGAAUUGAAGUUGUUUUUUAAGACUGUGGAAUUUCUCAGUGCAUUUGUCUAAAAGCAAGUAUCUCCUUUCGUGAAACUAACAAAGAGACAAAAAUUCCCUGAAUGAACGUGAUUUGAUCUAUCUCUCUCGCACGCUCACUGUCUGUCUCUUAUUUUAUUGCCCUAUUUUCUUUGGUUCGUCCUUUGUAAUUUACUGUACCGCAAUGGUGUCAACAGCAGAAACGUGACCAUUUGAAUAUUAAAAAUAAAAUCUAGAUCUUACUAAAAUUACUGAAGUGAAAAAUAUGAAAAAGGCAUUCUAACAAUAGAUUCACACUAAUUGGGGAAGCUUUAUUCCCUCUGCCAUUACAAAGUCAUUGGGUGUUUGUCAAAUAAUUUCCUCCUCUGUUUUUUUCCUAAAAGGAAAGCGAGAAUUAUAUCAAUCGAUGAAAACUAUCAGAACUAGAACUUUUAUUGUAGUCGGGGUUAAACGCUUCUCCAAUUCAUAGAAAGUUCAACUCAUAAUAGUGCUAUAAAGAUGUUAAUUUUUCAUUUACCGGAUUCACAACGAGAUUAUUCUCUUCUUUUUUUUCGAAGUGCGGGGGGCAUUGACUAUCGAUUUUCCGGAUAUAUUUUUCCGGACAACACAAUUUUUGUCCUGGAAUACUGAGAAAGAACUCUCUUGCAACAUCUUACCUAGAAAGGGAAGUGCUAAUGAGAUUCAUCCACAGCAGCUUCUCAUACCAUCACGAUCUACUGACAAGUGUAAUUUAAUAUCUUAGUGGGGCAAAAAAUUGUUAAAUUUUUUGAUGAAGAUUUUCCUCUCUUGACACAACAAUACGGAUAUGAAAAUUUCAUGCAAAUCCCCUUUCGAAGAUCUUUUUAUUCGGGUGUCAAACUCUGAAAAGGGCCAAAUGGCGGCGAUUCUCACAGAACGAGUUUGGCCUCCACCUUCGUUGAGAAAAAGUGAAAAUAAAAAAGGAACCGGAGAAAGCUGACAUGAACCAUGGAGGUUUUUUUGUGGUAUUUAGCCUUGUAUACCAAACCAAAGUGCAACAGUCCAAACAAGCUCUAUAAAUAGUAUCAUAUAUGGUCGAAAAACUUCUUGCAUUCAAGAACCGUUUUUCCCUUCUUUUGUUGUUUUUCUAAUGUGACCUGGUAAGAUACACGGUGACUGUAUGUUGAAAGGAGCAGUGUCUUCACCUACGCACGUUAAUUAUUUCAUUGAGCUAUGAAAUGUUCAUCCAAUUAAAGAAUCUUUCAGUAGGUUACCUCAGAAUGCAGUAUGUCAAUUGAUCACAUAUAAAAGGCACAAAAGAAUUAUGCAAAAGGCAUCUUUAACACUCGUUUUGAUGAGAACUUCACCAGAGCAUUAAGCGUUUCUGAUAGAGCAUUUUACACAGCUGUAUUUACAGUCCCACAGUUUCACAGUUGUGUAAUGGAUGUCCUUUCUGAAAUACUGAACCAAAAUAGAAUCUUCACGAACAACGAAACUGAGUAUUUUAAAUACUUUAGCAGAAUUAAUUCUGUAGAUAAACAACACAUAUGCGCUAAUCAGGAUUAUAAUAUCGUGGUAUUUUGUGCAAACCGGACAAUACAAUUUUUGUGCGCGUUAGCAGGGCGGGAAGAGGAUAAGUGUCUUUACUUUAAAUGUUAAUCUUUUCAUUGCAUGUGUAAGUAAUAAUAAGUGCGAAUAAACAGUAAUCAGAUUUGCGCUGAACAAUGUUUAAAGCCAGUUGACCCUAAUUGCUGGGUUGGAACAACGCAUCUUAAACGAAGCACGCACUGUAACCCACACAUUGUACAUUUUCCAUAUAUGACCUACUAAAUUGCAAUUGAUAAUUUUGGAAAACCUCUCGCAGUUUAUUUUCUUUAAACCCAGCCAGCUGCACGAUGAGAGGGAUAUUUUGCAUCAUAAUGGCGAUAACCGUCGGUUAUCUUCGUGUCACAGGUCCAUCCGCCUUACUGCGUCGCCUUUUAAUGUUUUUUUAAGUUCGUAAGAAGUGUGAACAGAAUGUCAGUCCUGUCUGAGAACUUAUUUAAAGAUCUACUGGUUGGAUUUACAAGUCAGACGUUAUCGUAUACGCCUAAUACAAUUGUCAGCGAGCCAAAACACCAGAUAAACGAAUCAAUUAUUACAACAAAUAGUCCAAUCUCAUUUACGUAAAAGGUUUUUCUUUAACUUCACUCGUAAACCUUGACUGAGGUUCCAGUAAUUGUUUGUUUUGCAAUGCCUGUCUGAUUUUUUUAUCGGAAUAAAACAAAACUAAACGGCACAUUCUUCUUAGCUUAGUUUUGCGUAUUUUUCUCCAAUUCUUAUACAUCUUUAGAUCCCUCUAGCAAUAACCCAAUCGCAAAUGAAUUGUCAGAUCUGAUGGACAUGCAAGUGAACAAUACGAUGGGAACGUUAAUUUUAACACGCUCAAACUCAAAUAGUCAGCAAACAUCAAGCAGCAGCCACCAGGACUGUUAUUGUCCUCUCCGGCAUUGGCCUAUGAAUAGUGCGCUCAAAUAAGUUUAAAGUCACAAAUUGCAUGCACCACAGACUUGCUUGGUCACGGGAAGGAAAUUUAAAAAGGUCUUUGGGGUUUUUAAUAACUAUUAGUAUGAUAACAAUUAGGACUAAUUUCUUUUUACUCUUAAUAGUAUAAGGAAGGAUUAGCUUUUGACCACGGAGAUACAGAUAUACAAAAGAAAGAUUUUAUUUAAUCUUUCUAGAAUCUCGUCCAGGUGUCGCUGUUUAAUGCUCAAUAAACAAUUGAUACUCUUAGUUGCGUGUCGAUGAUUCUUGAUGAAAUUUCCACCUUGUUUUUACGUCAGACCAUGACUAUCGGUUGGACCUUUUCACGGAAUCGGCCUACCUGACAUACCUGCAUGGGAAGUUGUUCAAGUGAUUCGUUUGUUAAGACAUAAAAAAAACGGCAGCUAUGGGGCAGUUUUUUCGUCUGUAAUACAUUUUUGCGAAUAGAUCUGUUAGACAUUAAAAUCGUGACAUGUUUUUAUCAUAAAUUUUCUUUUGACCAGUGACUGGACAUCUUAUUGUCUGCGAGUUUUUUGUCUUCAAGUGAAGCAACCUUUAUGUGAUCAGUUGUUUAAAUUCUAAUGGAGACAUAGACAAGUUCAGAUCAAGAUGGUUUAUCUUCCUUUCGCAGGUUACUUUGGCAAAUAUCUAAACGAGUACGAUGGGAGCUGGGUACCAGCGGGUUGGAAAAAAUGGGAAGGACUGGUGUUUAACUCCAAGUUCUACAACUACACAAUACGACGCAACACGUACAAAGAACGACACAAGAUGGAUUAUGGGCAGGAUUACUUCACUGAUUUCAUCACUAAUAGGAGUAUCUCUUUCAUAAAACGGACAAAAGAGAACAAACCACACAGUCCUUUCCUAGCUGUGGUGAGUCAUGCAGCCCCUCAUGGCCCGGAGACGCCUGCUCCUCAAUACAGUACAGCAUUUCCUGGUGCCCAAGCUCCAAGGUAUAACCAAGAUUAUGUUUAAGGAAGCCAGUAUCUACUAUCACUGUAACUUUUUUUCUCUUUGUUGCAAGAGUUGAUCCAUACAAAAGAACUAGGUUUUUCUGUCAUUAUUUGUUGGUUUGUUUUCUUGUCUACCGUUCACAAAACAAAUUGUUCGUUGUUAGGGUAUUCUGAACAUAUUUGCUCCCCUGUAAUUUAACCCUUAACUCCCGUGAGUUACCAAGACAGAAUUUCUCCCUACAAUAUCUAUACAAUAUCAACCAGAUAAGUGAUGAGAAUAAAGAAAAAGAUCAAUUUGGGGAUAAUUAGUUGAAUCAAUAGUAAAUUCUCUGAACCAACAUUACAAGAAUUGUAUGUUGACAGUAAGGAGAAUUACAAAUUUAAUUUGGGAGUUAAGGGGUUAAGUUAAGACAGAGUAAAAAUCUCUUCAUGUUUAUAUUUUCUCGGAGGAAGAGCAUAUGUUGCAAGCCGCUAUCGAACCUUACCAACCCUGUGUAGUCUACCAAUCGCUUACCACACACAGCUGAGCGAUCAUAUCGUCCUUGUGAGGUAACGUUUUGCACUUUUUACAGGUAUCCUAACUGGAAUUAUAUAUCACUGGACAAACAAUGGAUCAUGAGGGAAACACCUGCGAUGAGUGCACAGAAAAUAGCUUUCGUGGAUCUGCUUCACCGCCGUCGCCUUCAAACACUGCUUUCAGUUGAUGACUCAAUCGCGCGAAUCUUCCACACUCUCCAGUCCCUAGGGAUUGAAGACGAAACUUACAUAUUCUUCACAUCAGAUCAUGGUUACCAUCUUGGUCAGUUUGGUCAGGUCAAAGGCAAGUCCAUGCCAUUUGAGAGCGACAUAAGAGUUCCUUUUUACGUGAGAGGUCCAAUUAUUCCCAAGAAUAUCAGGUGAGACACAACACUCUGUUUCACUUUAAUUACAGUUUUUUGUAAUCAAUCGUAAUCAAUCAACCAGCGUCCUUUGCCUUGUCCUGUUUUUUUCUCCUCGUUCUUCUUGUUCCGAGUCCUUCCUUGCCUACCUUACUGCUCCCCUUUUUGGAAGAUACAGCCGCGUCAUUUGUUAAGUUAACAAAUCUUUGGUUAGGAGAGGACUUUUGACAAAUUGUGAACCCAAUUGCAAACCACAAAUGUGUAAAGUGAGUCGUCGACCUGUAAGGUUUCGAAGAGGAUUUCAAAGUGUACAGGUCUGAUAAGAAGAAAAACAGAGUUAACACCCUUAAUUGAUCGUUAAUCUUUUAAUUAUCGCUAGUUGUUAGGUGUUGACCCACUGAACCCUAACACCAGUAUGUUUAUUCUGUAUACUGUUCUCUAUAUAUUUCCUAAGGUGCUGACAUGGAGAAUUUGUGCAAAAAAAUCCAGAGUUUUGUUCGUUGGUGACCAUCUCCUUUAUUGUUGUGACCUUAAUGUGUGAUUCAGGGGUGAUGUUCUGAGGAGAAAAUAGAUGCUGAUCACGCUUAGGGGUGGAAGGGUUAAAUUGAUCUGACGAGUGAUGUUGACCCCAAGUUGAUCUUGUUUGUUAUGCAGUGUAACAGACAUGGUCUUGAACAUUGACCUGGCACCCACAUUUUUGGAUAUUGCCGGCAUUAAGAUACCCAAAGACAUGGACGGUAUGUCUGUUAUGAAACUGUUCCGCAGGACAAGAUACGGACGAAGAGCAAAAAGGUACACGUUUUUCCCGAAACUGUGGAAUCGAAGUUUCUGAUAUUCAUGCGUACUAAUUGUCAAUCACUAUUAGAUUGGUAGGUAAUGAAAGACUACAUCAAGUGUUCUGUACAUGCGCUGAUCAUUGUUGUGAUAUCAUCGAUUGUAAAGCUGUAGAGAGCUGUCUUUUUUCUUGAAAGAUAUUUUGACGAAUCACCUAGUUCAGGAUAAUAUCAUACCUGACUGAGAGAGGCAUUUUAAGCUUUCCACAGAAACAAACUUAGCACAAGUUAAGCUUUCAGUGCGUUUGUUGUUUACUGAUCUGUUUUUUUUUAUAUUUUCCAGGCGAACACAUGUUGUAUGGAGGGACACAAUUCUCAUAGAAAGGUCUCGAGGGUAAGCAGAAUAGUUCAACACACGACAAACUUAGCACAAAAAAAGUUAGCUUACUUUUGCCCUAUUAAUGAAGUAUUUUGCGUUUCUUGUGUAAGAAAUUCUUAAGGCCCUGAGUAUUUUUUUUUUAAUUCACAAUGAAAAGUUUUAUGUCUAUUCUAGAAAACCAGUUUUAGUUUGGUUCGUUUUGGAACCAUUUAACUGUAUCGCGAAUGCUCAAGCACCACACAUUUAUCACUUGUUCAAAGGGAAAUUUGAUGAUUUCAAAAGCAAGAAAAGAAACAUUAUUUUGUUGUUUGGCAGAUCAAUUUGCUUAUCAGUAGCCACGCUGAGAUAAUUUCAUGAGCAAUUUCGGCCGCUGAAAUUUUAAAUUUGUUGUGGUAAUGAGGCUUGAAACACCCUAAAGAAUAGUAAUCGUUCUACAUGGGUUUAAGCCAUUUGGGAAGGGACUCCCUGACGAUAUUAUACAGAGAGUUUGCGUAUUCAUUUGGAGCGUUAAAAGCUAAAGCCUUAAUUUAUGACUCUCCUUUGUUUAAAUUUUAGUUUUAUACCCUUAGAGUCAAUCUCGUCACCUCUCUUCAUAUGGUAAUAAUAUACCCUCUUACUUGCAAUCACUGAACGUGAUUGUAACGUGGUGUGCUGUACGGCUCGCCUUCCCGACUCACGAGUCAUCCGAUUGUAGUCAUUGGACUAAUUUAAUAUACUGUACACGUACAUUGUAGAAAUAUUGGCAAUGUGUCAUUUUAGUUGGAGAAGGACGAAGAACUUCAUGAAAGGGAAAUCAGGGAACAAGACUGCUUCGGUUAAGGAGCGAAAGAUGACCAUUUUGGAAGACAUCUGCUCCAGGCCAAAAUACCAAUCCCCUUGUCAACCCAAGCAGCUCUGGGAGUGUCAGACAGUCAACCGCAGACCAAGACUGAGAAAAUGUAGACGAAAUACCACAACUUUAUUAAGGACAGCUCCAAUUACCCGACCUACAUCUCCUACCGAUCCUGUGAAGAUGUGUGUUUGCAUGAAGCAAAGACCUGAUAGUGGACUGCAUGAAAACCAAAAUGACAUGCUGCUCUACGAGGGUGAGUUGAACAGUCGACUUUCCUUCUUCGAUAAUCUCUUUUUUUAUUUAUCCUUUAAUAAUAAGGAUUCUUUCUUUUGCUUGGAGAGAAGAGCUAUUUCAUUUAGUGAUCAAGCUUCCUAACACUCAUCAUAAUUUUGUCCUUUAUCAUUUUGCAGAGGAGCUGCUCAUAAGCGGCAUGGAUUAUUUGACCAAAGAACUCAGACGAAGAUCAAAAGGGUCUCGUUAUUUUGGAUACAAUCCAAGGAAGAGAAGAAAUGAGUUCAACAACAGGAGGUACCAGAAGGAAUUGGCCAGGGCUCAUAAGCUGCAAAAUCGACGUUCGAAGUCCAAAGUGUUUAUUAGGACUCCUGCUAGCAAACCAAAACCUCAGUCAAACGUGACUCAAACGCCUCACGGGUCUUCAGAAGUGCAACGAGCGGUGGCGGAAAAACUUGGAAAACUAAAGGAGAAAAUUCAGGGAAUAAGGCAACGCCUUGGUGCGUUGCGUGACAGGAGGAAGAAACUGCUUCUGAUAAGCGCGCGUGACAAGUUCUUAGAGUACCCCUGUCCAUGUAACCACGGUAAUGAUACCGCGAGAGAGAUCAAAGGAAACUAUGGUAAUGAUCAAUACCAGAUAUCAUCGCUGAGAAGAAGAAAUAAACCGCCAAAAGCUCCAUCCCGCAAAACAGAGACCAAGAAAAAAAAGGGGAAGGCGAAGCCAAGACGUAGCAUGUGUGCCAGCCCGGGUAUGAACUGCUUCUAUCAGACAGAGGAUCACUGGAAGCUGCCGCCGCUCUGGACCGGUAAAUAUUCUCACAUUCCACCUGUAAAAAUCAGGAAAACGAAUUUUUCGUUGAGUGCACGUCAUAUGGGUCUUUAUGCAUACCAGUAAGUGAAAGGAACGGAAAUUUCACCGUUGCCCCCACAGCCUAUGUUAAAUUAUUUACCAAUGAUCGAUCGCAGUAAGACCUUGACAUCCUUUUGUAAUGUUUCUCUGGGUAGAAAGCUAAAACUGAGGUGACAUUUUUUUUCGGCUAUUGGUCAGAUCUGCGUUCGGGUUGGCAGUGACUAUCCACUGCUGUUCAUCAUGCUACGGUGGUUUCGGAUGCCUUACCUGUGUCUCCUUAGGCAACCCCGCCUAGGUUUUCAUCGGUUUAUCAGUUGACUAUCUGAAACAGGAUCCCAUCUAUUAACCGUCGCUCAAUACAUUUAGUUGAGUUUCACCUAAACAUGCAAAGUUAUCACAGAGGAAAGUUUACAACAGAUUUGUAAAGAUUUACACUUCGAGUUGAAAUAUUAUCGUCAUGUUCAUGCUCAGAAUGCCCUGUGCUGACCAGAAGGGUUGUCCUUAUGCCAUGGCUCAAUGUUAUCACUUUGUAUUUAGGAACCAGUAGCUUCAUGAAAUGGUUGAAUGAGAGUUUAUAUGUAAUAAACAACGUAAAUGGACUGGUAGAAACUCUAAAACUUACAUUACCUGAUGUUUGUUUUUUUGUAUAGGAGGAGAAUUCUGUUUCUGUCCUAAUGCUGCCAACAAUUCUUACUGGUGCUUGCGAACAAUAAAUUCGACACACAAUUUUCUAUACUGCGAGUUCAUCACAAAUUUCUUGGAGUACUUUGACCUCAACAAGGACCCAUAUCAGGUAUGGAAACGUUCAAUUUGUUCGAAAGUUAAGCUGUACCGGGAAGUUGAGAUAGUUAUUCUCUUUGAGUUUUUAUCUCUGUUAUCAUUGAUUGCGGAUAGUUAAAAACAAAUCCACGCUUCCUAAAGCUUUUGAAUAUCAAAAGCCGUGAAUAAUAUACGACUCAAACAUGCUUAAGGUUUUAAUCUUAGUAACGAGUGUUUUGCCAUGCGAAUCAUAUUUUUAAAGCAUGUUUACACUCUGAAUGAUUCAGAGCAAUCCAGGUUGGUACAGCUCAAGUAAUAGUAAAUAAUGAAAAAAUUAAUCAAAGUUGAGGAAAAGGCAGGUCAAUUUAUAAUAAAUUCUGGAAAUUUUUUAAUUUGAGAAUGAUGUGUCAGAAAAUGACUAUGAUACCGUUGAAUCUGUAGACUGGGGUUGGAAUAAGUCAUUACUCACGUUUAUCUCGACAUUUCUACAUUUCCUUAAAGUUUUGUCUUGCAUUUUGCAACUCCUUGUUUUUACUAUUAUUUGCAUGGUCAUAGUACAAACGCUUUGUUGUGUUUUUUUCGGUGGAAGUAUGAGAAGGAAGACUUAGGGCUGUAGCUGUAAGUUACCUUGUGUUACCUUGUUACCACUGUCAGUGCCAACCUUGUUGAUGCCAUGUAAACCUUAAGCUCAUUAGGCUUCGUCCGUAACCUGAAACUGAACAUAUCAGUGGUGUUGAUAUUGAAUAUCAUCUUUUAUUAUCUUGCAGUUGCAUAAUAUAAUUCAUGAGGUGAGUCCUGGUGUUCUAUCAGAGCUUCAUCAUCUACUCGUCAAGAUGCGAGGAUGUAAGGGAGAGGAUUGCACUCAUUACCAUGGUAAGAAGCACCCUACAGUACCGCCAACAAGUCCAGCGGUCAACACCCACUUGAGAGAAGGUAUGGAAGAGAGUCACAUGACUCCUUUACCAACAGCGCCAUCAAACCUGCAAACAUCUGCUCGAAGUGCAGUGAACCCUUUGACUUCGGAGUCACCCUCUCUAGUCCUUGUUACGCGUUCGGACGUUACAGCAAGUUCUCCGCAGAGUGUUUGGAACAACGUUUCGAAACCAACUACUAUUGAAAAGUUUACAACACUUCCACCAAAAGAUGUAAAUGUGAGUUUAUUAGAACAUUCGACCAUUCAGUCGACAUUGAACUCAGAACGAAAACAACAGCUCAUGGAAAGCUUAAAAACCGAACAUUCAAUUGUUCAAGCUAGUGAAAUGGCGCCUUUACCUACAGUUGACUUUAAGACUAAGAGCAAGCCAGACGAAACAUCAGACUUGGAGUCCAACUCCUGUUUGAAUUGUUCCAGGUCCGACGACCUACCGAAAAUCUUCGUGAGAACUUCGGAACUCAACACAAGUUUAUCAGGAUUGAACGUUUCUUCAGUCCCAACCACAUCAGCAUCAGCGACUCCAAAAAGCAAAGAGGAAACUAGUGGAAUGCAUUUCAAUAUUUCUACACCAAAACCAGAGAAGGGAAAAUCGCCCAAGAGACGCAAAAAUGGAGAUCGAGAGGGGAGAAAAAAAGAUAAAUAUACUUCAAAAGGCAAACCAAAGAAUAAAAGUCUUAAGAAGUCCAGAAAGUUUAAAAAGAAAUCUUCAAACGGAGAAAGAACGUCACUGUCUGAAGAAAAGAAAGAGAGCCCAGAGAAUCCUACAAAGCAGACAGUUGUCUUAAACACCACGAUAUGGUCUCCGGAAUCUCCUUUAGACAAUAACAGCGAAAAGUCUGACCACGAGAAACCAUCUCAACCAACUGUAACACCCUCACUUGGCUCCAAUCAUGUACCCACAGUCUUAAUGAAGUCUUCGGGUCCUGACACAAGCUCUUCCAAACUAAAUGGUUCUUUAAUUGCAGCAACAUCAGCCUCUAUCACCACAUCAAGAGAAAGGAUGACUGAGAAAAAUGUGCGACAGACAACAGCAGUCAAACCAUCGAAGAGAAAGUCCGCAGAGAGAAGGAAGAACAGUAGCUCGAUUGAUAGGAACAAAAAAAAUUUCUAA